AUGAAUCUAAUGAAGUUUUCAACACCAGUUUACAAAGAUCAGAUUUAGCACAAUGACACUAAAGUUAGUUUAGAUAUUAUCUAAAUAUUCAAAUUUAGAAAUUUCUGUAUAAUCGCUCAUAUUGAUCAUGGAAAGAGCACAUUAGCUGAUAGAAUGCUUGAGCUGACUGGCACCAUUAAGAGAUUGACAAAAGAAGAUCAUCACUAAGUUCUCGAUACACUGAAGGUUGAGCGAGAAAGAGGAAUAACUGUUAUAGCAUAAACUGCAACGAUGAUUUACAAAUACUAGGGAUAAAAUUACCUACUAAAUUUAAUUGAUACACCAGGUCAUGUUGAUUUUACAUAUCAAGUGAGUAGAAGUAUAAGAGCUUGCGAGGGAGCUCUUUUAGUUGUGGAUGCAACGAAAGGAAUCUAAGCCUAAACUAUAUCUAAUUUUUACCAAGCAUUUGAUGCUAUAUCAGCAAAGGAAGGUAAAAAUGUGAUUGAAGUCAUAAAUCACACUAUUGAGAGAGUUUCACCACCUUUUAAAGAAAUUUCUUAGGAAGAAUAAAGUCGAUUGCCACUUAAAGCCUUUUUAUUUGAUGCAAGAUUUGUGGCUAGUCGUGGUGUUUCUUGUCUUAUUAAAAUUAUGCAAGGUAGUUUGGAUCUCCAAAAAACUCGAACUCUUAUGUCCUAUCACAGAUCAAAGCGUUAUGAUCUAUUUGAACUUGGAAUAGUUUAGCCUAAUAUGGUGAAUACAAGUAUUCUAACAGCUGGCUAAGUAGGAUAUUUCUUGUCAAAUAUGAAAUCAGUUCAAGAUGCUCAUAUUGGAGACACUUUUUAUGAUGAAAAAUAUCAAAGAUCUUCUAUCGAACCAUUCCCUGGAUAUUCUUAGCCUCAAGCUAUGGUAUUUGCUGGUAUUUAUCCUGAGGAUCCUGAUGAUUAUGAAGAUCUUGAGAAAUCAUUAUAAAAACUCUGCCUUAAUGAUGGCAGUGUUUCAUUCAAUUAUGAAUCCAGCGCAGCACUUGGAAGUGGGUUUAGAUGUGGAUUUCUUGGAAUGCUUCAUUUAGAUGUUUUCAGGCAAAGGCUAGAUGAUGAAUAUGAUAUGAUAGCUAUAAUUACUGCUCCUACUGUUUAGUACAAAUGCAUGAUCAGAGGAAAGGAUAAGGAAAUUAAAAUAGUGGAUAAUCCUUUAGAAGCUCCUGCACCUGAGCAUAUUGAAUAAUGGUAUGAAGCAAUAAUGAAUGCUACUCUUAUAACUCCAGCUGAGUAUGCAAAAGGAGUCAAGACACUUUGUGAGGAGAAAAGAGGCAUUAUGAAAAGUUAGGAAUUCUUAAAUCAAUCGAAGGUAGUUCAUUAUACAUAUGAAAUUCCAUUAUCUGAGUUAGUAACUGAUUUCUUUGAUAAAUUGAAGUCUAUAUCAUCUGGUUAUGCAUCCUUAGAUUAUGAAUUUAACAGAUUUGAUGAAGCAGAGAUUGUAAAAGUAAUUUUUCAUCUUAACGGUGAUCCAAUUGAUGCUCUGACUUUCCUAGUUCAUGAUAGCAGAGCUGUUGAUUUUGGAAAGAGAUACUGCGCAAGAUUAAAAGAACUUCUGCCUCCUUAAUUGUUUAAAAUUGCCAUUUAAUGCAAAAUUGGAGGAAAAGUAAUUGCUAGAGAAGAGUAAUAUCAUUUUAUUGAAUUAAUAAUUUUAUAUAGUAUUAAGGCUUUAAGAAAGGAUGUGACAGCUAAGUGUUAUGGUGGUGACAUUACUAGGAAAAAGAAAUUACUGGAAAAGCAAAAGGCUGGAAAGAAAAAAAUGAAGGCAAGAAUGCUUGGAUAAAUUCCAGUUGACUCAGAAGUAUUUUUAGGCCUACUAAAACAAAAUUGA